GGCUGCGAGUGGGCAGCAGGGGCGAUAGUCUCAUUGCAAUCUAGUCACGGGAUAAUAGGCUUUGUCGACGGAUGGAUUAUGAGGUAACUCUCCCUGUUUUAUAAAGGAGGAGUUCAUUUGUUUGAUAGCUGAGAGUAAGUGGAAUUCGCGUGACUGGGAGCGGAGUGGCAUUGCUCUGAGACUUCUCUACACACCUUGAGGCUGAACACUGACUAUUGGCCGAGCUAAGUCUGUGGGAUUUAAAGAGGAUCGUUUUGCGCUACUGGGAUCGCGGAGAACAAAAGAAUUGAAGACAAAUGAUUCUAAAGUGAAAACAGGAAGGUUUAUGGUGAGGCCGGGUGCAAGUGUUUAGGCAGGGGUUCCUAACAUUCAAAUGUAAAAAAAAGUCGGGGAGCAACAUAAGCAUGCAAAAGUUCCCAGGGGUGCCACGAAUAGGCUGUAAUUGGCUAUUGCCCCACCUGCACCUUAAACCAAUGCCUUAUGAGUACAAAGGCCUACGGAUAGAGAUGCUGACAGCAAGGCAGGCUACAAAGUGGAAAAAACAUGGUGGCUUGCUCCUCUUGCACCAAGCCCAGCUGUCAGUUAUCCCGUACGAUGGUUGACCAACUGGCUUUCACAGAGAUCAAUGCCCAGCGAAUUGCAGUUGUAGAAAAUUGCUUUGGCGCAUCAGGCCAGCCUUUAUCUGCCCCAGGAAGAGUUCUUGUGGGAGAAGGAAUAUUAACGAAAGAAUGCAGAAAAAAGCCCAAGCCAAGAGUUUUUUUCCUCUUCAGCGACAUCUUAGUGUAUGGAAAUAUUGUCAUAAAUAAGGUCAGAUAUAACACACAGCGUAUUCUCCCCCUUGAAGAUGUUACUGUUGAGAUACUUCCAGACAGUGUCGACAUGAGAAACCGCUGGAUGAUAAAGACCACAAAGAAAUCAUUUGUGAUUUCUGCAGCCUCCUACUCUGAAAGGAAAGAAUGGAUUUGUCAUAUAGAGGAAUGCAUCCACCAACUCCUUCAGAAGACCGGACGACAACCAUCAAAGGAACACGCAGCACCUUGGAUACCCGACAAAGCCACCGACAUUUGUAUGCGCUGUACACAAACAAACUUCACUAUGGUAAAUCGCAGGCAUCACUGUCGCAAAUGUGGCUUUGUUGUAUGUCACGAAUGCUCAAAGCACAAGUUUUUGAUUCCGGCAAUAAAAUCCAAACCAGUGAGAGUCUGCAGUUUAUGUUACAGAAAGUUGGUAUCGGAGAGAAUAGCCAUUGAAGAGGAAUUGAAAAGGCAUGAAAGACAAUUUCACGAUGCAGUACCACAGUAUGAUCCAUCCAGUGAGGACAGCGAUGAGGACCCUGAUAGGCAAGGGGCAUGGCCUUUAAAUGAAGAUUUCUAUUCUUCAACGUGGUCCGCUUUUCACACCUGAGCUUUCUACAUAAUUCUAAAUGACUUCAAUAUUAUUUAUAAUGUUUGUAUUUGUAAAACAGUACUAAGCAAUGUAUAACUAAUAACAUUACAGAAUAAUGUCAAAAUUGUGAAGUGACAAACGCCAAAACUAUUGGGUGACAACCAAUACACAGAAUUUGACAUUAGACAGUCUGAUAAUGAUAUUUUUUUGUUAGAGCCUUAACUAUAGGAAUGUGACUAUUAUGACCAUAUUUUCAUUUAUUUUCUUUUAUUUGUUAUGAUCUAAUUUCACUCUAAUUAAGAAGGGGCCCACCAAGGGCUUGUAGCGUUUUUUAUGACACCUUCCUCAUUUACAGUCACUUCAUUCCAGGCCCUUUACACGAAUGGUAUACACUUAUAUUAGUUUGACAUUAUUUAUUAUAUGUAUUAUAUAUAUAUUUAUACAUAGAGAUGCCAAACAUAUUGAAAUUAUGUCAGACCUUUUCCAUAUGGGCUUUGUUUACAGGUUUAACUUUGUAUGUUACACCCCUAGGACACCAGGCAUAGGGGUGGUCAGAAAUGAGAUUUUGUCUUAGCAUUUUUGUAUUUAGCCAUUUAGUACACAUUGAAAGAAGCCUUAUCAUAUUUGCAUAAUUGUCAGUAUUUUCGAAUUAUUUAUAAAAGGCUCAACUUUAAAGGGAUACUGUCGUGGGGAAAAAAAAAAUUUCAAAAUGAAUCAGUUAAUAGUGCUGCUCCAGCA